ACAAAAGGAUUCAUCAGUUACUACGAACUUUGCAGCUCCCCACGCUCCGGCCCUGCCGCCAUGUCUCUGCCGGGCAGCAGACGCUCGUCCACCGGAUCCCGAAGUCGCGGGCUUUAUGGACGGAGUGGCUUUGCCUCCUUCUUUAAGUCUCCAGCGCCCUCAGCCACUCGGCCUGAGACACAGCCUCUUCUCCCUGCCUCCAGGCGCCCCUCGCCCCCCGGGAGGGACACCUACGGCACCUCCUCGCUGAGCAGCAGCAGCAAUUCAGGCUCCUGCAAGGGCAGCGACAGCAGCCCCACCCCAAGGCGCUCGGCCAAGUACAACCUGUGCAGCGACAACCACGGCAUCAAGCCGCCCACGCCGGAGCAGUACCUGACCCCGCUGCAGCAGAAGGAGGUUUGCAUCCGGCACCUCAAGGCGCGGCUGAAGGACACACAGGAGCGGCUGCAGGACAGGGACGCCGAGAUCGAGGACCUGAAGACGCAGCUGUCGCGGAUGCAGGAGGAUUGGAUUGAGGAGGAGUGUCACCGCGUGGAAGCCCAGCUGGCGCUCAAGGAGGCCCGCAAGGAGAUCAAGCAGCUCAAGCAAGUCAUCGACACGGUGAAGAACAACCUGCUGGAGAAGGACAAAGGGCUCCAGAAGUAUUUCGUGGACAUCAACAUCCAGAACAAGAAGCUGGAGACGCUGCUGCACAGCAUGGAGGUGGCACAGAACGGGGCGCUGAAGGAGGAGGGGGCCGCCGAGUCGGCUGGGGGGUCCCCGGCCCGAUCCCUCACCCGCAGCUCCACCUACACCAAGCUGAGCGACCAGGGGGCCGGGGACCGGAACGUGGGGGGCUCACAGACCAUCUCGCUGGACGAGGGGGCCGACAGCGGCUUCGCCGGGGCAGAGGAAGCUCCCGGCCACACGGACCCACUGGAGCCGGGGGCUGAGCUGGGCGCCCGCCUGCCCCCCAGCUCCACCUACGAGAAGCUGCUGGGGCUGCGUGGCGGCGUGGAGGCCGGGGUGCAGGCCAGCUGCAUGCAGGAGCGGGCCAUCCAGACGGACUUCGUGCCCUGCCAGCCCGACCUGGACACCAUCCUGGAGAAGGUGAUCAAAUCCCAGGCCUGCAGCUUGGGCAGCCCCACCUCAGCCUGGGUGUCCGAAAUGGAAGACGUGAUGCCCGGCCCCGAGCUCUCCAACCCCGCCACCGCCGCCACGGACCUGCCGGCGGCCGAGCCCGACGCCACGACCUCCACCGAGGGAGGCGGCUCCUGCAACCUGGCGGUGCGGCAGCCCCCCAGCGCCAGCCCCUCGGUGGCCAUCGCCUGCGCGGCCGAGGAGGAGCCUCCGGAGGCCGCCGGCUGCGAGGCCGCCCCGUCCAAGAGCUACUGGAGCCGCCACUUCAUCGUGGAUCUGCUGGCCGUGGUGGUGCCGGCCGUGCCCACCGUGGCCUGGCUGUGCCGCUCGCAGCGCCGGCAGGACCAGCCCAUCUACAACAUCAGCUCCCUGCUGCGCGGCUGCUGCACCGUCGCCCUGCACUCCAUCCGCAGGAUGGGCUGUCGCCCCGUCGCCAGCCCCGGGGGCGGCGCCCAGCCCUGACCCAGCCCUGGCAGCCCCCUGCC